AUGUCGGUGUUUCUCGACAAGGUGGAGAUCGAAGACUUCGAGUACGAGGAGGAAAUGGAGACGUAUUUCUACCCCUGUCCCUGUGGGGAUAACUUCAUCAUCACCAAGGAAGAUUUGGAGAAUGGGGAAGAGGUGGCCACCUGUUCCAGAUGCUCACUAGUAAUCAAGGUGAUCUAUGAACGAGAUCAAUUUAUGUGUGGAGAAACAGUCUCUGUACCUCCGACCAGCAAAGAGUUAGUUAAGUGCUGAAGAAAACUUUGAAAACCCAAUUUAUACCAAAUAACCAAAGGAUGUGCCCAGGUAGAUAUUAAACAGGAAAUUGAGAACAUCUGAAUAAC